UCCAUCAAUAUAUUGUGGAUAAAAGCAUAGAAGAGAAAAUGGAGAUUAUCAGAAGCUUAAUGAAGAUGGGGAUGCUGAUUCUAUUUGUUGAAUGGAUUUUCGUUUGGAUUAUGAUUUCAACUAAGUUGUACGAUGACAACUGGACCCCCAAACUCACCAAGUACCUCAAUACUACUUAUUUUGGGUCUCAAGGUACAAAUAUGGUGCUUCUCACCAUUCCAUUAAUGUUGAUUGCGGUUGUGAGUUGUGUUUAUUUGCAUAUCCAGGAAACCCCAAUCCAAACUCAAAGAGAAGGGAAGAUAAAAGGGAGGGUUAUGAUGGUGAUGAACCCACUAGGAAUAGUGACAGCCACAGAGUUGACUUUUUCAGUGUUAUUUGUUGCUCUUUUGAUUUGGGCUCUCUCCAAUUAUAUCUACCGUAGCUAUAGUGCCCCUCCUUAUGACCAGCACGACAAUGCCAAACUAUGGCAGGCAAAGUUUAGGGCUUUUGGUCUAAGGAUAGCAUACGUUGGCCACAUCUGUUGGGCGUUUUUGUUUUUCCCUGUGACAAGAGCCUCUACGAUUCUACCACUUGUCGGUUUGAGUUCCGAGUCGAGCAUCAAAUAUCACAUUUGGCUCGGACAUAUCUCAAACUUUCUCUUCCUCGUUCACACUGUUGUUUUCCUUAUCUAUUGGGCCAUGGUUGAUACAUUGAUGGAGGUGUAUGAACUUGAGGAGCAGGGGUCCAACAAACCUAGUUCCACGAGCAGCAGACAUCCGAGCUUUAGAGAGGGAGUGUGCUAGAAAAAGGAGAGAAGAGGAGCAACAGGCUCACAUACAGGAUCCGAACAUUGAAAUGGCUGACCCACAGGCGAAUGGCGGCGAAAACGCCCCACCUGCUCGACCUAUUGGUGCCUAUGACCGUCCAACUAACCAUGGCCACCUGCUAGGAAUCAGAGCACCAGCUGUGGCAGCAAACAACUUCGAGAUCAAGUCAGGGUUGCUGAACCAGAUUGAGAACAACAAGUUUCAUGGCCUGGCUGCAGAGAACCCAUUUGACCACUUGGACAGUUUUGAUAGAUACUGUGGUCUAUCCAAAACCAAUGGUGUAUCAGAGGAUGCUUUCAAGCUCAAGCUUUUCCCUUUCUCUUUGGGGGACAAAGCACGUCAGUGGGAGAAGUCUCUACCAAGCAGCUCAAUCACCACUUGGGAUGACUGCAAGAAAGCUUUCCUAGAGAAAUUUUUCUCUACUUCCAAGACAGCUGACUACAGGAAUGAGAUUUCCGGAUUCAAGCAGAAGAACUUGGAAGGAUUCAGUGAAGCAUGGGAAAGGUUCAAUGGCUACCUAGCUCAAUGCCCACACCAUGGUUUCAACAAGGGGAGCUUGCUUAGCACAUUCUACAGAGGGGCCUUACCUGAGUACAGAGCAAGAUUGGAUACUGCAAGUAAUGGGAACUUCUUGGACAGAACAGAAGAAGAGGCAGGGAAACUUGUUGAGAACAUGGUCAAGAGUGAUGCUGUCUACAGUGGGGAUCAUGACAGAGCUGAUAGGUCCGCAGACAAGCAAACAAGAAAAGAGAUAAAAGCUUUGCAAGACAAGAUUGACAUCCUCAUUGCUGAUAAAGCUUCUCAAGCUCAGAUGAACUUUGUUGGUAAUCCACAGCAAGAGAUACCAGCUGCUGUCAAUGAGGUUGAUGGUCUGGAAGGUCAGGAAGAGCUGUGUUUUAUCAACAACAAUGGUACUUGGUACAAGAAGGAGCCAAACUUUCAGUACAACAACUAUCAGCAGAGACCUUAUUCUAACAACCAGCAGAAUGGAUACCAGCCUAGGAACAACCACCAAGGUGGCUAUCAGCAAAAGCAAAACCCUCCUCCUGGUUUUUCCAACCAAGGGCAGCCCUCUUCUCAACAGCAGCCUGCUCCAUCUAGCUCUACACCCCAAGAGAGCAGCACUGAUGCACUCCUGAAAAAAAUCUUGGAGUCACAAACUAGAAGUGAGAAGCAUGUUAGUUAUGAGCUGAAAAACCUUCACAACAAGAUUGAUGGGAGCUACAAUGAUCUCAACAACAAGUUCAGAGCUUUGGAGAACCAAUUUGCUUCCAUGAACACUCAGCACAAUCGCCAACAAGGCUCCCUACCUGGAAAACCUGAGCAGAAUCCCAAGGAUGCCAAAGCUAUCACACUUAGGAGUGGUAAGGAGUUACCUCCUAGAACUCUCACCAAGGAUGCUGAGAAACUAGGUGAGGGGGUGGCCAUCAACAUAGAUGAUGAGGUGGUUAUUGUUGAUGAGAAGACUAAUGAUGAGGUCUUGGAGAAGAUUGUGGAAGCUAAGGGUAAAGGAAAGGUUGGAGAGGAGAAGAAGACUGUAAAGGAUGGUGAAGUUGUUCCUCCAGCAAAGGAGAAUGCUUUUGUCCCUCCUCCUUAUGAACCCAAACUUCCAUUCCCUGGUAGGUUCAAGAAGCAGUUGCUGGAGAAGUACAAAGCUCUUUUUGAAAAGCAGAUGAGUGAGGUUCAGAUCACAAUGCCAAUCAUUGAUGCUUUCAUGCUGGUUCCUCAAUACAGCAAGUUCCUGAAAGAUGUCGUGGCAUCAAAGAAGAAAGAGAUGGAAGGUAUGAUGAUUCUCACUCAUGAGUGCAAUGCCAUAAUUCAGAGGCUUGAUGUUCCAAAAAAGCUAGAGGAUCCAGGAUGCUUCACACUUCCUUGUACUCUUGGACCUAUGAUGUUUGAGAAGUGUCUCUGUGAUUUGGGAGCUAGUGUGAGCUUGAUGCCUUUGUCUGUUGCUAAGAAGCUUGGUUUCACUCAGUACAAGAAGUGUAGACUUUCUCUGGUGUUAGCUGAUCGUUCGGUGAAGUACCCUGUUGGUAUCUUAGAGGACCUUCCAGUGAUGGUAGGAAACUGUGAGAUCCCUACAGACUUUGUGGUGCUUGAGAUGGGUGAAGAAGCUCAAGACCCCUUGAUCCUUGGUAGACCUUUCUUAGCCACAGCAGGAGCUAUUGUUAAUGUGAAAGAAGGCAAGAUCGAUCUCCAUUUGGGUAAAGGGAACAUUCUCCAUUUUGACAUCAAGGAGGUGAUGAAGAGACCAGUCAUGCAGGCACAAAUCUUCUACAUAGAUGAGAUGGAUGCUCUUGCUGAUGAGCUCCUUGAAGAGCUAUCAAUAGAGGAUCCUUUACAGCAUGCCCUUACCAUUGAGAGAGAUGAUGAAGUGGUUGCGAACCUGGCUAGUACUGCAUAUGGACUGAUGCUGGAUUCACACAAGGGAUUUAAUGGCAAGGAUCAGUUUGAGGAGUUGCCACAGAAGGUUCAUCAAGAGGCUGCAGUCACUCAACAUGAAGACAUCCAGCAAGAUGACUGGAGUGAGCUCAAGGCACCUAAGGUGGAACUAAAACCUCUUCCCCAUGGUGUAAGGUAUGCAUUUCUUGGUCCCAAUGAAACCUACCCUGUCAUUGUGAGUAGUGAACUUACUGAAACUGAAUUGUCUGAACUUUUGAAAACACUUAAAAGGUUUAGAAAAGCAAUAGGUUACUCACUUGAUGACAUCAAAGGAAUUUCACCAUCUUUGUGCAUGCAUAGGAUACAUCUAGAGGAUGAAUCAAUGACUUCUAUCGAGCAUCAAAGAAGGUUAAAUCCUAACCUGAAGGAUGUUGUAAAGAAGGAGAUUCUUAAGCUCUUAGAUGCUGGGGUUAUUUACCCUAUCUCUGAUUCAAAAUGGGUAUCUCCUGUGCAUGUUGUCCCAAAGAAAGGUGGAAUCACUGUGAUUAAAAACGACAAAGAUGAAUUGAUACCAACAAGAACUGUCACAGGUCAUAGAAUGUGUAUUGAUUACAGAAAACUGAACUCUGCAUCUCGAAAAGAUCAUUUUCCAUUGCCAUUUAUUGAUCAGAUGCUUGAGAGACUUGCUAAUCAUCCAUUCUAUUGUUUUCUUGAUGGGUAUUCUGGUUUCUUCCAAAUCCCCAUACAUCCCCAUGAUCAAGAGAAAACGACAUUCACAUGUCCAUAUGGUACCUUCGCAUAUCGAAGAAUGCCAUUUGGACUAUGUAAUGCUCCAGCCACCUUUCAAAGGUGCAUGAUGUCAAUUUUCUCUGAUCUUAUUGAGGAUGUCGUGGAGGUGUUUAUGGAUGAUUUCUCUGUCUAUGGAUCUUCGUUCUCUGCUUGUUUGUCAAAUUUGUGCAGGGUCCUACAGAGAUGUGAAGACACCAACCUUGUGUUGAACUGGGAGAAGUGCCACUUCAUGGUCAAAGAAGGGAUUGUGCUUGGGCACAAGAUUUCAGAGAAGGGAAUUGAAGUGGACAAGGCUAAGAUUGAGGUUAUGGUCAGUUUGCCUCCACCUAAGACAGUGAAAGAUAUCAGAAGUUUUCUUGGACAUGCUGGUUUCUACAGGAGGUUCAUCAAAGACUUCUCCAUGAUCACUAGACCAUUGACCAGGUUGCUUUGUAAGGAAGCCACUUUCAGCUUUGAAGUAGAGUGUCUUGAGGCCUUCAAGAAGCUGAAAAAUGAACUCAUCAGUGCCCCCAUAGUCCAACCACCUGAUUGGGAUCUCCCCUUUGAGAUCAUGUGUGAUGCUAGUGAUUAUGCUGUGGGAGCUGUACUAGGGCAGAAGAAGAAUGGAAAAACUCAUGUGAUCUACUAUGCAAGCCAGACCAUGAAUGAAGCUCAAAUGAGGUAUGCCACCACAGAAAAGGAAAUGCUAGCCAUUGUCUUUGCCUUUGAGAAGUUCAGAAGCUACUUGGUGGGAUCUAAGGUUAUUGUCUACACUGAUCAUGCUGCUUUGAGACAUCUUCUAGCCAAGAAAGAUGCAAAACCAAGACUUUUGAGGUGGAUCCUAUUGCUUCAGGAGUUUGAUUUGGAGAUCAGAGAUAAGCCAGGAGUUGAGAAUGGUGUAGCUGAUCACUUGUCCAGGCUGAAGGUGGAGUGUGGAGUACCUAUUGAUGAGGGACUUCCAGAGGAGCAAAUCAUGGCUAUUGGAGCAGUAAUGGCAGUUUGUGACACUGGUAGAAAGCUUGAGGAAGUGAAGGCAACUGAAGAGAAGGAACCUUGGUAUGCUGAUUUGGUGAACUAUCUAGCCACAGGAAAAGAACCUUUGAAUCUUGUGGGCUAUGCCAAGAAGAAGUUCUACAAAGAUGUGAAGAGGUACUACUGGGAUGAGCCUUAUCUCUACACUCUCUGCAAGGAUCAGCUGUAUAGGAGAGUGGUUGCUAAUGAAGAGAUAGAUGGGAUCCUCACACAAUGUCAUGGAUCAUCCUAUGGAGGCCACUUUGCUACUUUCAAGACUGUAGCAAAAGUGUUACAAGCUGGAUUCUGGUGGCCACACAUGUUCAAAGACACACAAGACUUUGUCUCCAGGUGUGAUUCGUGCCAAAGAAGAGGAAACAUCACCAAGAGGAAUGAGAUGCCUCAAAAUCCUAUUCUAGAAGUUGAGGUCUUUGAUGUGUGGGGUAUUGACUUCAUGGGACCAUUUCCUUCAUCAUAUGGGAACAAGUACAUUCUUGUGGCAGUUGACUAUGUCUCAAAGUGGGUGGAAGCUAUUGCUAGUCCCACCAAUGAUGCUAGAGUGGUGACCAACAUGUUCAAGAGUAUUAUCUUCCCAAGGUUUGGAGUUCCAAGAGUUGUGAUCAGUGAUGGGGGUUCACACUUCAUUAACAAACUGCUCGAAGGACUUCUAAGGAAAAAUGGUGUGAAGCAUAAGGUAGCAACUCCCUACCAUCCUCAGACAAGUGGUCAGGUUGAGGUCUCUAACAGAGAGAUCAAAUCCAUUCUGGAGAAGAUUGUGGGGAUCACGAGGAAGGAUUGGUCUAAUAAGCUUGAUGAUGCACUUUGGGCCUAUAGGACAGCCUACAAGACACCUUUGGGUACCACACCUUUCAACCUUGUCUAUGGGAAAGCCUGUCAUCUGCCUGUGGAGCUUGAGUACAAGGCAUUAUGGGCAGUGAAGUUGCUGAACUUCGACAUCAAAAGUGCUAAGGAGAAAAGACUUUUCCAGCUACAUGAGCUUGAUGAGAUAAGGAUGGAUGCUUUUGAAAAUUCAAGGAUCUACAAAGAAAAGACCAAAGCUUUCCAUGACAAGAACAUUCUGAAAAGAGAGUUCCGAGAGGGAGACCAAGUCCUUCUCUACAACUCUAGGCUGAAGUUGUUUCCAGGAAAGCUCAAGUCAAGAUGGUCCGGUCCAUUCAAGGUCAAAGAAAUCAGACCUUAUGGAGCAAUAGUUCUAUGGAGUGCUGAUGGAAGUUACUUCACAGUGAAUGGGCAGAGGGUUAAGCUCUACAAGGCGGAUGCACCAGAGGAAGAUGGAGUAUCAACUCCACUUUCUGAUCCUACCCCAGCCUAAUCCAAAGGAGGCAAAGUCAAGCUAGCGACU